AGUAGCAGACGACAUAUUGGCGCUUCGCGACUGUGAUGGCGAUUUGCGGAGCCCGCCAGGCAUUUUUUACUCUUCGUGUCGCUGCGUCAUUUUAAUCUUUCUAUAGGGCUACAGUUGUUAUUAUCCAAUCUAUCUCUAAACAUAUCACAACGAAUUUUUCAACAUCCCCCGUCUUCUGCCAUAGAGAAGUGCUACGUUUGAGGCUCGCUUGAUCGCUUUCGUGGUCUGUUGGUCUCCUCCAUAGGCGUUCGAUUUUCUUCGCAAAGAAAAUGCUCACUCCGGUUCGCAAAUGCAUUGCACUUCGAGAUUGUUCAACACGACUUCGCGGUGCUGGUGAAACUCCGCCGUUAUGUGUGGUCGCUUCUCUUCGUGCUAUAUGGGCAUUCGGACGACUGCUUCGCUGAGCCUUCUCGGACGGGUACUACGAUUCACGGAAUGGUCUACGGCAAGGAUUGAUUGUGUUUGCGGGAACGGUUUGGUGACAUACGAUGUAGUGAAGUCGAUCGUAGGCAGUAGUCCCUCACAAGAGAGUAGUCGUUAAAAUAGACAGGGUUGCACCAUUUCGCGUAGCGUUUCUUUGGAGUGUUUACCGUUGGUCGUACGCACCAGUACACGAGUUUACGACUUGUUCUUCCAUUAUUGUAUCGAUAGGUCUGAAGAGUAGAUAUAGAUUCAGGGGGUGCUCUAGAGGUCGUGCCUUUUUUCCUCUUUCCACGAUCGUUGAUCAUUUAUGUUUUUCCUGCUACAGUCUACAGGAUUGUUAGUUCAGGCACCCAAGUCAAAUAGCUGGAGGGUUUUGGAGCAGUAGCGUUGUUGAUAUUGUGAGGUUAAAAAAAACAGAGUUACCAUGUCUUUCUUGACUCCAAGUGUGCGCUGGUGUAUGGAAUCUGAGUGGGUUGGGUCUAUUCUCAAGCGCUGUGAGCAGCAUGACUGCUGCUGUGGGUGCUGUGCGGCUUUGCGUCCACGAUACAAGAGGCUUGUUGACAACAUCUUUCCUGCAAAUCCCGAGGAUGGCUUGGUCCGCAACAACAUGGAAAAGCUCACCUUCUAUGCCCUAUCGUCGCCAGAAAAGUUGGACCGCAUUGGAGAGUACUUGGCAUUGCGAGUGUCGCGGGAUAUUGCGCGCCACCGGCUCAAGUUUGUGGAGAUCUCCAUGGAAGCCAUGGAUCAGCUACUGGUGGCAUGCCACGCUCAGAGCCUCAACCUAUUCGUCGAGAGUUUCCUCAAGAUGGUACAGCGGUUGCUGGAGUGUCAAAGUCCCGACUUGCAACUUCUUGCUACGCAAUCUUUCGUUAAGUUUGCCAACAUCGAAGAAGACACCCCUUCGUACCACAGGCGUUACGACUUUUUUGUUUCAAAGUUUUCCUCCCUUUGUCAUGACAACAACUCUGAUCCGGAACUGAGGAAGCAACUUCGUCUGGCAGGGUUACGAGGACUGCAGGGAGUAGUACGGAAAACUGUCAGCGACGACUUGCAGGUCAACAUCUGGGAUGAAACGCACAUGGAAAAGAUAGUUCCUUCACUGCUCUUCAACAUGCAAGAUGGAAGUGAUUCGAAGUUGCCACUUGAGUCGGAAGUGUCGAAACCUUCAAAAGAUGCGUCUGCAGAAAAUGCAGCAGAAGCGGCAGAAGAUAAAGAGCCAAGCUCUAAAGCCCUGGAGACUCCUGACAGCCCCCAGAUCGAAACACCACGUACUAUGGCAGAGAACUGCUUCAGAGAAGUGAUGGGCCGAGCGACGUAUGGGCACAUCGCCUCGGUUAUCAAACCCGUGUUAAGGCAUUUGGACAACCAUAGGCUGUGGGUCCCUAAUACGUUCUCAGUCUACACAUUCAAGAUAAUCAUGUACUCUAUUCAGGCCCAGUACUCGUAUGCAGUGAUUCAGAUCUUGAUGAACCACCUGGACGAGAAAUACAAGCAAGAGACACAGAGUGGAGGAGGAGACUCGACGGACGAUGAACCCGCGUCGGGUCCCAAAGUCCGCACUGGCAUCGUCAACGUGCUCUUCCACAUUGUGAACAUCGCUGCAGGGGAAAGCGUUGGACCAUCGGUGCUUGAAGUGUUCCACUCUCUGCUCAACCACCUUCGUCACUCCAUUGAGAUGCACAGCAAGGAGGGCGACCUGGAAGACGAGCAGCAGUUCCAGGAGGCAGUGAUUGGAACUCUCGGAGAAUUUGCAAACAACUUACCCGACUACCAGAAGAUUGAGAUUAUGAUGUUCAUUCUGGGCAAGGUGCCCCUUUCACAUCCAGAGAGUGAUGAUGCGCAGAGCCAGUCUCAAGAUGCUGAGGUUCUCUUGCAGCAUAUCUUGUUGAAGUCAUUGCUCAUGGUGGGCUCCAAAUACAAGACCGUGCACUUAGGCCAAGCAUUCCCUGCGACUUUCUUGCAUUCCCUCUUGAGAAUGUCCCUCGCGCCCGAUCCAUCUGUACGUGUUCAAGUGCAAAGUAUUCUACACACCCUUCUUGACCGACAUAACAAUCUUGUCAAGCUGGCUGUCAUGCCCAAUUGUGAAGACCCCUUGCCAGAACUGGUCGUUGAAAAAUGUUCGCGGCAAGACACCGUGUUCCUGAAGAAGUAUGGCCCCGACCUCCUCUACUCCAUCUAUGAGAAUGUGCAGCUUCUCAACAAUGGACCAUCCAAUUUUCAAGCCAUGUACACAACCAUGGCCCUCCUAUGUGUUGAACUGGGCAGCGAGGACGUGCUCAUCGAGCUGCUUCGUUUGGUGUUCGCUAUACAGGACCUUCCUAUGUCUGGAUCACUCAGCCUUAGUGCAGCUCAUGCUGCCUCAAUGCAUGCUCUUGUGGCGGCAUUUUUGUUCUUGGCUGGGCAGUUGACAUCCAUUCCAUCUCUGUGCUCACAUGUCAGCGAGAUAGUCAAGUUCCGCAUCGAGAACGCGCCCCAUCUACUGCCGAACCGCCAGCAAGGGCCGAUCCCUGUGGCCGCUGUUCCUGAGGAAGCCUUGUUUGACAAGGCCAUUAUUGCCGAGACACUCCGCAGCACGGGUCACGACACGGCGAAGCUGUUCACCCAGUAUGCACCGAGAUACGUAGCUCCUGGUGAGGCUAGCGUGACAAGAAGUGUGAGUGACCUGAACUCGAACAACAUCGAGGUUGCUAGCGUCAAUUCAUCACCUGGCCUUGUUAGGCAAAAACAUCCUCAAGAAGAAGUGACAGUAGAGUUACUGAAGAAGAUGAUGCAGGAGCCUCCCGAAACUCCCGAAGUUGUUGAGGAGCGCAGGCGGCAGGUGGUGGAACGCUUCCGCACAACUCCCUUCAAGGACCUGCUCUCACAAGCAGAACAUCAGGCUGUGGGUCUACAGAACAAACUCAACGAGAUCCUAGGCAAGCUUCCGGGACACAUAAGUGUUCCAGCCCCAAAGGUCGGAGACUACGACAGCCAAGGCUGCAGGGACAGGGCUGGCCCGGAUGCACACAUGACACCUGUCCCAGUCUGCGAGAUCAACUUUCCCGAAUUGUUCCUCUUCUAAGCAAUAUCGAGGGCGGGAGGUCAUCUGGAAAAUCUUUAAUAGCAAUAUGGAUGAUCAAAAUCAAGCUUUGUACACGAUAAGGGAGAUCGUUGCAACACGCCGAUGACAAUGGAUCCAACAGCAAUCAUCCCUUUCUUGACAGCAAGAAGGAAACGAGAGUAUUUUCUUGCAGUUGAAUAUGAGCUCUGGAAGGCUUCCAUUGCUGUAAUGAAAUUAUGUGCAUAACCAUAAGAUGGCUUACAAUUUAUAGUCGCUCGUUUUUAAUGUUUUGCAAACUUUACGGUUCCUGUUCCAAUGCCCAGCAAGCUUGCACUUCAAAUGCCUGUUGUAGAAUAGAAUAAUAGAGCUGUGGAAUAAAUGUGAAAUAUCAUA